UUAGUUAUUUGUAUACAAUACAAGCGUGGUCCAAUUCAAAAAUACAUAUUAAUUAAAUUAAAAAUAAUUGAUAAACAUACUGGAUAAAAGUUCAUACGCAAAAAUGACAAGUUAACAUAAUUUUGUCCAUGAGUCGUCAGAAGAGGCAAUCCAAGCUUUUGAAGUACUUAUACCAACUUGCUAUUGGAUGGUUAUCAAAUGCGUUUUUCAAAACUAUUAGCACGGUCAUUAUACGGGGCGCAGGGCACGUGGGUAGGGCGAAGUGCCCAAUGGGAUUGGCGACUGUGGCUGCGCGCAUCCGCCCUUCAUCCAAAACCACCCCAAACGGUUGGCCACGCGGGGGGUGGUUGAGGACGCGCGCGCCUGCCACCGGUCCCUUCAGUCUGGCAGCGCCGACACACCAUGUGUCAUUCAGUAGUCGCGAUUGUGAGAGAAGACCCACACCAACGAUCACGGUGAGAAUUCUAUGCUACACAUUUAAAGUUACGAUCACGUAGACGCAGUGAUUGUUGCCGAAAUCAUCAAAAGUGAUAAAAUACUUAUACAUACAAUAAUAAAAACGGUUAUAUAAUUUAAUAUUACACGAUAUGGAUUCUACCAAAUCGGCCAGGAACGUAUACAGCAUCGAUCAAAUUCUCGGAACUACGCAUCCGUCCAAAAACGAAAAUUCGAGUGUUCAUUGCCAAUCGAAAUUGGACGCAUUAUAUGCUGCUAGUGGGACCGAUCCAUCACUACAUCGAUCUGAUGAACACGAUGACGAUAAACCGCGAAAAGUUCGUCGUAGCAGAACAACAUUUACAACAUAUCAAUUACAUCAAUUAGAAAGAGCUUUCGAAAAAACUCAAUAUCCUGAUGUAUUUACUAGAGAAGAACUCGCUUUACGAUUGGAUCUCAGUGAAGCCAGAGUACAGGUAUGGUUUCAAAACCGUAGAGCUAAAUGGAGAAAACGAGAAAAAUCAAUGGGCAGAGAAUCCAAUCCAUACAUACCUGACCACACGUUGUUCAGAAACGACUGUAUGUCAGUGGCGCCCGCGCUGGGAGGUCCGCUGCCGUUCCUCACGCCCGAACAGUUCUGGCCCAGCAUCGUGUUCAACCCGGCGGCCGCGUCCGCGUUCCUGCUCGGCCUGCCGUGGCACCAUCAUCACGCCGCCCAGCCGUCGGCCACUGCGGCCGCCGCGUCGUACCAGUCGUCCGUGCACAAGGCGCUGUCCGAGCGAAUCAUCACCGCCAACCAGUGGCCGGCCGUCGCGCUGCAGACGUCGUCGUCCGAACCGCACAGCCCGUCGUCCGCGGGCACGUCCAGUCCCGCGCCGCUGUCGCCUGUCCGCGAGCCGUCGGUAGACACGACCACUGUCGCCGCCGCCGCCGCCGCCGCCGCCGAAAGCCGAUCGCCUUACCUGAACGACGACGACGAUGACGGCGAUGACGACGACGACGUAACCGGCAGGUGUUCGCCGCCCGUUCUGGUGGAAAACGUUUCCUGUUAACGUGUUAACAUAUGACAUUACCUAAACUAAUACCUGCAUAUAGGAACCAACCGCUUUAAACAUUUAUUAUGUCACUUCGACUCUCUCCCUCCCCUGUUCAACACGAUCGUCACAUCGACCAUCGUCGUACCAAUUUGACGUGUGAUUGUUUUUUUUUGUAUGUCGUGAAUUUUUGUUCAGACCUAAGACUUAUAUAUUAUACAAUCAUCAUCUCGACGAUAUAGUUUUAAAAACAAAAAUAAAUUAUAAGAAAUAUAAUUUUACACGUAGAUUGUUUUGUAUAUAAAAUGUUUUUACCGAUAUUACCCAUUGUAUGUACCAUAAUAACAUUAAAUUUUUGCAAACGUUAA